AUUGUCGAUCUCGAUUGGUUUGGUUUGAUCGCUGUUGCAUUUAUACCAUUUAGUGGUAGCAGCCACUCCGCUGCCGAUGACUGUGAUAUCGUUGUAGUUAUUUCUUAUCUCCGCUAUCGCGUCUCAUUAAUUACUGCCACCGUCGUCGCUUCAGCUGCAACAGCCGCAGCUAACGUAAGCUACCAGCGGUUCCAAUUUUUAUCUUCGUUAGUCCAUCUAUACAGCUUCUUUUCUGUUUGUCUUUUUGUUUUUUGUUCUCCUCUAAUUCCAUUUAGUCGUAGAUAUUUUGUAUGUAUUUACCUAGGUAUACUCGUUAGCGUUGGUGGUGGUGGUUGUCGCGGUCUUCGAGUCGACGCUGCCGCUUUUGUUGGCCACUAAAUUUAAAUAACUCGCUUCGCGACCUAUCCGCAUCAGUCAUUGUUGAUCGCGCGCGUACCCGCUCCCCUUUCCUAUGUAAAUUCACAUAUUUUUCGUCGCAAGACGGCCAACCAAUCGUAUUUUUUCGCCAAACGUUGCAUACUCCGGCUUGGCUUUUGAACAUCGUACUGAUCUCGGUGAUACGUAGUCGCGUUGCGUUUCAAUUUGUUUGUUCGUUUUUUAAUUUGCUCAUUCUUCAUAAAUUGCAUAUUGUGUAGCUGGUCUCGAUGUAAUCUCUACUCGUCGUCUGCGAGCGAAAUAACGCUAUUAUCUACCGGUACCUACAGGUGCUCUUGGAAUCUUCGAAUGUGAGUAAUGCGAGUACGAUUCAUCGCGAUGAUGAACAUGCUGCGGUUACUAGUGACGGCUGCGAUAGCGAUGGCGAUGGCAAUGACAGUUUUGCCCCAGCCAACGUUUGGUCUCCAGCGUCAUCAACGAUACAACGAUAACGAAGCGAUUAAUGGUUCGCGGCCGUCGCCAUCCUUCGUCAGGUCUUCCAUCGAACGUGUACACGACGUGGCGAUCGCCUAUGCUCGCCAUGUAGCCAAUACGACGGCGGCUAAUCGUAACGCCGUCGGCGAUACCGAAUUAUUUUCUAUGCCGCUGCGAUCUUCGGUGGAAAAAAUUCUCACAUCUAGAGAGAAAGCCGAAGAAAAUUUUCCUCUUCGUGAAGCAGUUGAAAGAGUGCCACCUUUGAACGUAUUUCUUCAAGAUUUAAAAUCGCAACGUCUUUACAACAAGCAAGAUAAUAAAGCAGAAGAAAAGGAAUACAGAGUUGUGUGUUAUGUGGCCAGCUGGGCUUGGUAUCGCAAGAGCCAAACCAAAUUUACUCCUGACUACGUGGACGCUGGAUUGUGUACACAUUUAGUGUACGCUUUCGCUUCGCUGGAUGCUGACAAUUACACCAUCACGGUAGCCGAUCCAGUCGCCGACAUCGACAAUGAAUUUUACAAAAAAAUCACGUCCCCUGAAAUCACGGACAAAGCCAAGGUGCUCAUUUCGAUCGGAGGUUGGACCGAUUCGUCGGGCGAUAAAUACUCGAAAUUAGUUAGCAGCGGAACCAAUAGAAGAAGAUUCGUAAAUUCAGUGGUGGCGUUUUUGAGACGUCAUAAUUUCCAAGGGCUUCACUUAGAUUGGAAUUAUCCAGUUUGUUGGCAGGCACGCUGCUCGCAAGCUCACAUUUCUGACAGAGCAAAUUUCGCCAAAUUAAUACAAGAAUUACGAAACGAAUUCGAUAGACAGAAAGACGCAGACUAUGAAUUAGCCGUCGCUGUGUCCGGUUAUAAAGAAGUCAUCGAUCUGGGCUACGACGUGUUGGCCAUCACCGAAUAUGUGGACUUUUUGUCUGUCAUGACUUACGACUAUCACGGAGGCUGGGAAAAUCGCACCGGCCACCUUAGCCCCCUGUAUGGAAACGAAAACGACCAGUUCCCCGAGUACAAUACGGAUUCGACAUUAUCGUCGUUGGUGUUGCUUGGAGCCGAGCCGCGAAAACUAAUGAUGGGUGUGCCGUUUUUCGGUCAGAGCUUUACGUUAGCUGAUCCCAGUAAUCAUAAACUGGGUGAUGAGGCUGUUGAACCAGGACUUGCCGGCCAUGUCACACAGCAACCGGGUGUACUUUCGUAUUAUGAAAUUUGCUCGAGAAUAAAAUCAAAUAACUGGAAGGUGGAACGAAAUUCGCUCACAGGAACUGAACCUUACGCUUAUAAGGCUGAUCAAUGGGUUGGCUACGAUGACAAAGUCAGCCUUAGGAGAAAGGUGGACUACUUGAAAAAAUCAGCCUUCGGAGGUAUCAUGGCUUGGACAAUCGACAUGGAUGAUUUCAAUAACGAAUGCUGCACUGGAAUUUAUCCAUUACUGACUGAAAUCAACGUCGCAUUGGGCAGAAUCGCGCCAGGUUCGACCAACGAUUUGCAAGAAGAUUGCAGAAAGCCAACAACUACAACAACCACGACAACACAGUCACCAGCUACGGUCGACCCAGACGAUACUUACGACACCAGUUCAAAUUAUGGCUCUACUCAUUCAUCAUCUUCGGUUAUGACAACUGCUUCUUCAACGUUCGAAGAAUAUCCAACCUCUUCAUCUACAUCCUCGACCUGGUCCUGGUCUACAUCCACAUCCACAUCCACCACAACAUCCACUACUCCGGUUAUGUCAACAAGACCGUGGUGGCCGCCGGCUCUAACACCUCGACCAGUAACUCCUCCUCAUCGACCAUCGCGACCUCCAGCAACCGAAGCCACCACUUCUUACCCGGCCAGCACCAGCACCAGCACACAAAAAUUGACGACGAAAAAACGUAAAACUACCAAAUUACCGUCGACCUCAACAUCCACGCCAACGACCACAACAACCACGACUACAACAACUACAACACCAGCGAUAGCCCCGGAACCGGAAGAAACGACCCCAAGCGCAGCAGGGCCGGUAUUCGGCGAUGGCGCAGGCCCUGAUUCUUGCAUCGCAGGCAAGUAUUAUUCGGAUCCAAAGGAUUGCGCUUCGUAUUACAGAUGUGUGUAUGGCAAGAAGAAGAAAGAACGGUGUGCGCCUGGUCUGCAUUGGAAUGCUAACAGCAGAAAUUGCGACUGGCCGGUUAAAGCGAACUGCGAACGAGGUUCAUUUGGUGUAUCCGACAAAUGGACGCAAUCGACAGCUUCGUCUUCCUUGCAAGAAUCGUCAUAUGUGCCCACAUCAAGUAUUCCAUCAUCGUCUCCACCACCACCAGAAUGGCAGCCACCUUCUGAUUCAAAUCGACCAGCGGUUAGCUGCACUAAUGGCGAACACUAUGCUGUACCCGGAGACUGCUCCAGUUUCUACGUAUGCGAUACAGGAAGACUGAAUAAAAGACGUUGUCCAACUGGGCUGCUGUGGAACGAAGAAAAAAGACUUUGCGAUUGGACCUAUAAUGUGAAAUGCGGCGGUGGCGUUGGCCAAUUUGACGCAUUUAGAACCAGCACACCAUCGACGAAAUCCGAGUCGAUCAAUUCGAAAAACGAGUGCAAUGCUGGCCAAUUUGCUCGACAUUUGGACGACUGCAACAAGUAUUACGAAUGCCUGUGGGGAGUGUAUCACGAAACGCAUUGUCCGCCCGGUUUGUUCUGGAAUAAGCAAACGUUAAAUUGCGAUUGGCCGGAAAACACGGAAUGCGAUGCCAGCGAAGAUAAUGGAAUAGAUUCGCCAAUCGCCACUUAUGUGCCCCCUUCGUCGUCAACCAGCAGCAGCAGCUCGUCAACCGCAAGUUCCACGCAAUGGGUGGAUUCGUCGUCGCCUUCAACGACAACGACGACUACCACCAGUACCAGUACUCAGUCACCAUGGUGGACGUGGUCGACAUGGUCUGAGCCCACUUGGUCAUCGUGGAGCGAGACUAGUACGAGCACCAGCGCUAGCACUUCUUGGGACCAAUGGACGCCUUCUACAACGACAGCCACCACGUUGGCUACUCCUUUACCACAAUACCCUUUGAAUGGUCAAUACAAAAUGAUAUGUUACUUUACGAAUUGGGCUUGGUAUCGUACCGGUACGGGCAAGUAUUUGCCGGAGAAUAUUGAUCCGAAUUUAUGUACUCAUGUCAUCUACGGUUUCGCGGUACUCGAUUACGAAGCCCUCGUCAUUAAAGUUUUCGAUUCAUGGGCUGACAUUGAUAACAAAUUCUACGAAAGAGUUGCGGCGAUGAAGAGACGUGGCGUCAAAGUCUCCAUAGCCAUCGGCGGAUGGAACGAUUCUUCGGGCGAUAAAUACAGCAGAAUGGUGAACAGCGACUCGGCGAGAAGAGCAUUUGUAUCGUCUGUACUGAGAUUCUUGAAGCAGUACGGUUUCGAUGGUCUGGACUUGGAUUGGGAGUAUCCCAAGUGUUGGCAGGUGAACUGUAAUCGAGGACCCGAUUCGGAUAAAUCCGCCUUCGCCGCUUUGGUCAGCGAACUUAGGCAAGCUUUUAACCCUCACGGAUACUUACUAUCGGCUGCUGUGUCACCUAGCAAAAUGGUCAUCGACAAAGGUUACGAUGUACGAACCUUAUCCGAUAAAUUAGAUUGGAUUGGAGUAAUGACGUACGAUUAUCACGGCUCGUGGGAUAAAAAAACCGGACAUUUGGCGCCCAUUUACUACAUUCCGGGAGACGACUACGACUAUUUCAACGUGAAUUUCACCAUAAACUAUUGGAUUGAACAAGGCGCCGAUCGCCAAAAGUUAAUCAUGGGUCUGCCUCUGUACGGUCAAACAUUCAGUUUAGCAGAUUCCACCAAACACGACUUAAACGCGGCCUCUUACGGUCCCGGCGAAGCUGGCCAAUAUACCAGAGCCGGUGGAUUUUUGGCUUAUUACGAGAUUUGCGACAAGCUGAGAAGAGAAUCGUACACGGUGGUGCGCGACGCUCAACGAAGACGAGGACCUUACGCGUACUCGGGUAAUCAAUGGAUCGGAUACGAUGACGUGCCAACUAUUCGUCAAAAGGUAGAUUUGAUCAAAGAAUACGGAUUAGGAGGCGCUAUGAUUUGGGCAUUAGAUUUGGACGAUUUCCGUAACGUAUGUGGACAAGGUUAUUAUCCGCUGUUGAACGCCAUCGUCGAAGGUUUAGGCUCCAAUGAUUACGUUCCGUCGACCACCAGUCUCGCCGUGGCGGGUGCGGGUGGUGGUAAUGAAGUUGGUACAACGCCUAGUACCAGCACAGCUUGGUCGCAACCACCAUCGCCACCUUCUUCAUCGCAAGGCGAACACCAUACCUGGUCUGAAAAACCGACCACAUCGUCACCGACAUCUACGAGUACAAAAUCAUCGCCCUCUUGGACAUGGAGUAGCGAAACUAGUACGACGUCGACAUCGACGACCACGUCUCCAUCUUAUUCUACACAGCCCAGCACCUCAACUACGAUCACGCCUUGGUCUUCUCCGACGACGACUGGUUUCCCUCAGAAUAACAACGGCCAGCAGGAUGAUUUCAAAAUCGUGUGUUAUUUCACGAAUUGGGCUUGGUAUCGGCAAGGAAAUGGCAAAUACCUUAUCAACGAUAUCGACGCCGAUCUGUGUACCCAUAUAAUAUACGCGUUUGCAGUCUUAGAUUCGAAUAAGUUGCAGAUUAAACCUCAUGACACUUGGGCCGAUCUCGAUAACCGAUUCUACGAAAAGGUAGUGGCGCUGAAGAAUAGAGGCAUCAAAGUGCUGUUAGCUAUCGGAGGAUGGAACGAUUCGGCCGGAAACAAGUAUAGUCGUUUGGUGAACAGCAAACAAGCCAGAGACAAGUUCAUAUCGCACGUGGUACAGUUUUUGAAAAAAUACAAUUUCGACGGCUUAGAUGUAGAUUGGGAGUAUCCAAAAUGUUGGCAGGUAAACUGCAAGUUAGGUCCAUCCAGCGAUAAAAAGGCCUUUUCCGAUUUCAUCAGCGAACUGAGAGAAGCGUUCAAUCCGCAUGGUUUGCUUCUUAGCGCGGCUGUAUCUCCUAAUAAAAAAGUCAUCGACGAAGGUUACGAUGUGCCGUUGUUAUCCAACAAGUUGGACUGGAUAUCGGUGAUGUGCUACGAUUACCAUGGCCAAUGGGACGAAGUGACCGGCCACGUUGCACCAAUGUACGUUCAUCCGGAUGAUGCAGAUAAAACAUUCAAUGCGAACUUCAGCAUUCAUUAUUGGGUAGACAAAGGAGCCGAUAGAAAGAAAAUCAUAAUGGGAAUGCCGAUGUACGGUCAAUCAUUCACGCUGGCUAGUCAGAAAAACGAUACGCUUAAUUCAAAAGCAUACGGUGGCGGCGAAGCUGGAGAAAGCACCAGAGCCAGAGGUUUCCUCGCUUACUACGAGAUUUGCGAAAGAAUACUGCGGAAAGGAUGGCAAGUGGAAUACGACGUAGAAGGUAGAAUGGGACCGUACGCGAAACGCGGAAAUCAAUGGGUCGGUUUUGACGACCAAGCCAUGAUCAAACACAAGUCGCAAUACGUUUUCUACAAUAAUUUAGGAGGCGCCAUGAUUUGGGCUUUAGAUUUGGACGACUUCAAGGGUGUUUGCAAUUGCGGCUCGUAUCCGCUGCUCAAGACUAUAAACAAAGUACUGCGAAAGUUCACAGACACUAUUCCCGAAUGCUAUCUAGAGUCGAAUUCGCGAAUAGAGACUAAAUUAUUCUACGAAAACGAGGCUAUCGAAUUACAAGGCGUCGGUGACGAAUGGCGGUACGAGACCUGCCAACAUGGCCAGAUUAAAAAACAUCCCACUGAUUGCUCCAAAUAUCUCAUUUGCUCGUUCGGCGUUUACAAACAAGAGCAAUCUUGCGCCAAUGGUUUACAUUUUAACGAGAAAAGAAACAUAUGCGAUUGGCCAGAAAAUGCUAACUGUAAGCCGUCCAUUAUGAAGUACGCUGAAGAAUACUUUUUGAGUAAUUUACAGAAACAAGUCGCAGCUAACGUGCCACCUAAUAAGACGACGGCGGUGGGCAGCAGCAAUGUUGCAUCCAAAUACAAAGUAGUUUGCUAUUUAACCAAUUGGUCGGCGUACAGAUACAAUAACCAAUUGUUUCCGUUGCAAGCGUUAGACUCGCGUAUGUGCACCCAUUUGGUAUACGCUUUCGCCGUAUUGAAUCCGAAAACAUUGACUAUCGGCUCGAAUGAAACGUUCGCCAGAUUGGAUCGAGAAUUCUUCAAGAGGGUACGUGUGCUAAAGGAGACGGGCGUCAAGAUAAUGCUGGCCAUCGGUGGCUGGUACGACUCGCUGGACAACAAGUACAGCGUCAUGGUGAAUAGUCGCUCCGUCAGAUCUCAUUUCGUCAAACACGCGGUCAAAUUUUUAAAAGAUAAUGAAUUCGAUGGUCUCGAAGUGGAUUGGGAAUUUCCCAAGUGUUGGCAAGUAAAUUGUGAUAAAGGACCAGAUUCGGAUAGGGAAGGUUUCACGGCGUUGUUGCGCGACCUGAAGGAAGCAUUCAGCAAACACGAUUUGUUACUAUCUGCAGCUGUUUCGCCAAGUCGCGAUAUUAUCGAACGAGCUUACGAUGUGGCGGCCAUCAGCACAUACGUUGACUGGCUGUCUUUGAUGGCAUACGACUAUCACGGGUACUGGGAAAGCAAAACCAAUCAUAUAGCGCCUCUUUUCGAGCAGAACCACAAUACGCCUGAUCGAAUGAACGUGCAUUCGUCCGUUUCAUACUGGUUGGAAAAAGGUAUACCGAAGAGUAAGCUGGUGGUAGCAUUGCCGUUCUACGGUCAGUCCUUUUCAUUGGCCAAAAAUGCCAGCACUCGCGGAGUAGGUGCCCCAGUAGUUGGUCCUGGUAAUGCAGCCAGACACACCAGAGUUCCUGGUUUUGUCGCUUAUUACGAGAUUUGCGAAAUGGCGUUGCAAAACACCUGGAAAGUGGUUAAAGAAAAGAACGGACAUUACGCGUACGAUGGCCAAGACCAAUGGAUCAGUUUCAACGACGUAUCCGAUAUUCGAGCUAAGGGCAAGUACAUCAAAGAUAACGAAUUAGCCGGUGCGGCGGUUUGGGCGUUGGAUUUGGAUGAUUUCGUUAACAUUUGCGGUUGCGGAGCGAAUCCUUUACUUUCAUCCAUCAACGAAGAACUCUUAAGCGUCAGCCGUCCAAAUGAGAAUAAUCAUAAAGAUUGUAUACUAUCGUCGUAGCAUUUCUAUUAGCAGCAGUUGUAUUUAAUUGUUGAACUUAUAUUGCGAUGCGAAUAUGAAAUGCGAUCGCUUAUUUUGUGUUAGGAAUGGUCGAAUUUUACCAUAUUACUGUAAAUAUUCCCACCGUCAGGCGUCAAGUGUGACUGCGAGUGAGUGUUUAGUUUUAAGUAUAUUGCGAUGUUUAGGUACAUAUGUAUGUAUACGUAGGUAUAUUCAAUGUACCUCUCCAUACUUAUUAGCCUACGUCUUGGUAUUUGCGACUACGACUAACGAAGGGACGAGUGCCACUGACUAUUGUGAUAGACAGCCGCACUUGUACCUCUAUAGAGCCGCAGCAAGUACCCCUAGAAACAAUUUUUGCCUUGUAAAUAUAAGUUGGUCAAGUUGUACAGUAAAUAAUGUCGAUGGUGUCUUUUGAAAUCUGAAACGGGUGGGUACAUGUGCUCCUAUACUUUUUUUUGUGCUAGUAUUUUUGUUAUGUAUACGCUUCAACUACCCAAGUGCCCAUCCUGCCUACUCCUACGUCAUUUUAUGUGUACUGUCUAUCUAUGUGUGUACUUAUUUUUACCCUAAUGCCAGAAUUAGUACCUAUUUAUCGUAUGUAAGAUGUGGAAUCUCAAUUUUUGUGCCAUAUAAUAUACUUAUUUGUCUAUAAUCUA